AUGGCAACGAAUGCCACAGACAAUGGUCCGACGCAAAUCGGCGCAACAGCGACAGCUCCUGUAGAUGGUACCGCGGCAGAGCCACCCAAGAAGUUCCCCAAGGGUGUCGUUCUAGGCAAAGACGGAAAACCUUGCCGUUCCUGCACCUCCUUCGGUGCCUGGGCAUCCCAGGCCAAGGCCACCCUAAAGACCAACCCCGAUGCCUCCUCAACCGCAGCUUCGACCAUGGCUUCGGCAGCUUCCUCGUCAGCCACUACGCUACCUCAGAGAAGAACAGACUGCCCGGCCGACGUCGAACAACUCGGGCGGAGCACUUGGACUCUUCUCCACUCGAUCGCCGCGACGUACCCUCCCGCUCCGACACCAACCGAACAAAACGAUCUGAAGUUAUUCAUGGGCUUGUUCGCAAAGCUGUACCCUUGCUGGGUAUGCGCCGAAGACUUCCAACAGUAUAUCAAGAAAGAAGAACCGAAAACGGGUAGCAGGGGCGAGUUCGGCAAUUGGCUGUGUGAGGCGCAUAACGAAGUCAACAGGAAGUUGGGCAAGCCAACAUUUGACUGCUCCAAGUGGCAGGAGAGGUGGAGGACUGGGUGGAAGGAUGGAAGCUGUGACUAA